AUGGCUGCAGCCGUGGUCCAAACCUUCAUCGAUAUGUGUGAUCCUGAGGGCCUGCGGCAAUUCGCAGGGGCCGAUUUCGAUUGGAAUCAGCCUAUGGACGACCACCCGCCACCACUUUGCUAUGCGAUCUGUCGGUUUCUCCUCGACAGUAGUUCCCAAUUUCCAAUUCCUGGAAAGCUCGAGGUGAUCAACACGAUCCUGCAAGCAGGCGCAGAUCCUAUGCGUGCACUUCCUCCGGGGCAGAAAGUCAAGUUGAAGUCAGACAGGGACUUCGAUGCGAGAGGUUGCUCGACAAUGCAACUCACUUGUGAGAUGUACCAGGCUGCGGCUGCCAUGCGACACGAGGGGGGAAGAAUAGAGGCGCUUGCACAGUUUCUGGCAGAUGUCAUCGUGCUCAUGAAGCAAGCAACAGAUCCGAAGGUCCCGAAGAUUGUGGUGCACGAGGGCGUCGUCAACCUGUGGGAGUCUGUGCGUGAGAUGAGUUCGACACACAACGUGAUCUUCGAAACCUCAGACGGUGAGGUUUCUGCGCAUGACCAUAUCCUUAUGGCCGCCUCGCCUGUUCUUAAGGCCAUGCUCCAGUCCGCCAUGAAAGAAGGCAAAGACAAGCGAGUUCAAGUGAGGGAUUCAACGAAGUGCGGCAUGACGCUCUUCGUGGAUGUGCUGUAUACAAGCUCUACAUGCCUCGAACUUCAGUACAAGACCAUACUCGAAGCCUUCGACCUGGCCCACCGUUGGCAAGUGCAGCAUGCGACAGACAUCCUUGCAGAGACGCUGAAAGGGGAGAUCCGCGUUGAGAGCUUUGCGGAGAUCGCCGAAGCAGCCGUCCUCAAGGCCGUGGAGCCUCUACAGCGAGCGUGCAUGGAGUUCGGGACCAAGGACAAGGAGAUCCAGACGCUGCUGAAGAAGAACGGCCUUCCGCCGGCUGUCCGGAAGCUCUUGGGGAAGCGCGAAGCCGAGGAUGAGCCUGGAAAGCCAAAGCGCAGAAGGCUUUGA